CGUUCUUCACAUAAUUUAUUACCACAUUAAGAUGGAGUUUCCAGAAACUGGCAAACAUUGCUCAAUGAGAAACUGUCAAUUAUUGGAUUUUUUGCCAUUUAUAUGUGGACACUGUCAAGCUACUUUCUGUAAAGAACAUUUACAUACGAUAUCGCACGACUGUCUAAAAAUAAAGAGUCCAGAGCCAAAUUUGGAAAAGUUGUUAAGUUUUAUUUGCUCUAAAGAAUCUUGCAAGGAAGUAUCGCCAAUACAGAUGCCUUGUGUCAAGUGCAAGCAGCAUUUUUGUCUGGCACAUAGAUAUCACGGUUGUCUGGAAUUAAGUGAAAUGGGAAAAACUCAAAAAUUGAAAAAAUGGCAAAUCCCAAAAAAACAAUUUGCAGAAGCAAAGGUUUUGGUAGAUCAACAGAUUACAGAUAGUUUAAAGAAGUCCAAAAAUACUGCAAUAGCAAAUAAAAUACAACUUAUGCGUGUGAAGGGAUCUGCAAUUGGUCCAAAAAAUAUACCAAUGAGUGAAAGGUGUUACUUUUUUGUACAUUUACCACUCAUAGUAAAAAAUAAACAUAUAGGCACCUCAAAAGGUGUCUUUGUUAAUUCACAGUGGACAGUUGGGAAGUGUAUAGAUUCAAUAGCUGACACACUUAAAGUUCCCAAUAAUAAUGCAGCUACUACAAAUAAAUUGCUACUCUAUCAUCAUUCUAAUGGAGCUCUAAUAUGUAACAAGAUGGAUACACCUUUAACAGAAUUAUUUGAGAAUUUCACUAUGAUUGAUGGACAACAAGUUGUUUUGGAAUAUUCUGAUAAUGUACCUAUAGAAACGUCGUUAUAUAAAUAGAUUUACCUGUGUGCAUGCUUUUUUGUAUCACAUCCUAUUUUAUUGCAAUAAAGUUCAUUAUCCAUGUAA